AUGUAUUUUUAUUUUUUUUCUGCUGCUCUUGACCUUUAUGAUCAAACUAAAUGGAUUUUCGUCCUCCUGCUCGGAACUUGGUCUGCCAUAGGUUCACCGGACAUAUUGGCUGAAGCCGUAACAUAUGCCACAUCGACUCCAUACGAAUCAAACUGGACGAUCAAAGCGACACAAUCUCGAAUGCUUUCUCUACUAUCUGAUGCGUUGAUCUACCGCGAAAUUCCUUCGGCUGUCCUUAGAGCCUACCUCCUCUCAGGCGCUCCGAGUAUUAAGGUACAGCGGAGCGCCUGA